GCGACGCCCGCCAUCAGCUUCAAGAUGCCCAACACCACGACCGCGCCCGACAGGUCGAGACAGAACUCCGCAGGCAAGUCGUUCUUUGGGAGGAAACUGCACAAGGAGCGACCUGGCGACGACCGCCACGAUGCCGCCGGUGCUGCGUCCGCUGGUGGUAUUCUAGAGCCCCCAGGCUCCGCGGGGAGUGCCACCGGCUCUCGCUCUUCGCGUCAUUCCAAGACCGCCUCGAUGAGCUCCGUCGUUGACAGUGAUGACACCUCUGUUCUCAACAUGACCGCCGGUGUCAUCACCUCCAUCCCCUUCGAGAGUUUGCCGGCCGACUCGAAAUCGCCCAUCCCCGUCGACUAUCUCCCCAAGAACGAACCCGCCUUGCGACGCGAGAAUUCGCCCAACCAUCUUGCAAAGAGUGGCAUAGACUUUCACCAAUAUCCACCGUGGGAUCCCAAAGCCGUGCAGAACGGCUAUUCCUACGUCAAUGGCCCUCGACCCCCGCCCCAUGCGUCCAAUUUAACCAUGGCCGCCAGCGCUACGGGCGACCGCGGGACGCGAUAUCAACAGUGGGGAAGGCCAGGCAGCUCGGCCGCGAAUACGGGAUUCAGUUAUACUUCGUCGUCCACCGCCGAUUCGUCGUCCAAUUCACGAUUGUCCCUGGACCAGACCAGCAUCCAUUCCUCUCAGUCCUCGGCCACUCGUGGCUCCUACUUCUCCGAUAGCAAUUCCUCCCGCACUCUCACCACCUCCCAUUCGACCGGAGAUCGCACCGCCGGGUCCAACAUGAACCGCUACUCCAACCUCCAGGGUUCCUGGCUGCCUUCUCAACCGGUUUCCUCGCAACUGCCCAAUUCCUCCUCCCAGUCUUCCCUGACUCCAGAACAGUAUCUCACCCGCCCCAAGGAUGAUCGCAUCGUCGACCAGCUGUUCCUGGAGCUGAUGCAGAAACGAGGCUGGCAAAAUCUUCCGGAGCAGGCGAAGCGCCAGAUGCUGGCCUAUCCCGCGUCUAAGAAGUGGACCCUCGUCCAUCAGGACCGACUCACCGAACUCCAAGGAGAGCAGAGGCGACGACAGAACGCGAGGCAGGCUCAUGGACCUGAUGGACCUAGCGGUCUCCUGACCCGGUCGGAAGAGGAGGGCAGUCCGGAAUGGUACGUCAGGAAGGUUAUGGACGACACGAUCACACCGAAGCAAUUGGCCAGCCUCAGCGUCAGUCUACGUACGCAGCCCAUUAGGUGA